UGCACCAUAUAUUUUUCGCACCUUAUCACCGUCUUCAUCAUUUACAGUGCACGAGAAAGAGGAAUGAAAAAGUGUAUUGACCACUUUCCUGAACUAUGUAUCUUUACAUCCAUUAUAUAUAUAUAUAUAUAUACACACAUAUAUGUAUAAUGUGUAGAUACAUAGAGAUAAAAGUCUGGGUUCUGCUUGGGUUCCACCAAAACCAUGGAUAUUUGGGAUUCUUGUAGUUGUAAUACUGGUGUCAUCACUUUCUGUUCUUCUGACAGUUUUAGUGAUUGCAGUUGCUUCAAUUCAUCAUUCUCAGAUGCUUUGUCUCUUUCCUUUUCUGCUUUUCAAUGUCUCAAUUCCACCAUUUUCUUGAAGGAGGAAGGAAUUAAUUAAUUGAUCACCCUUCUGAAUUCUGCCUGUUUUUUUUUUCUUGGUUGUUUACUGUAAUCCAUACCCUUCUCUCUCUUUUCCCUUAAAGUUUGAAACUUUGUGGCAUUUGUUUGCAAGAAUGCUGUGUUCUUCCUUAUCUGGGUUGAUUCAUCACCCAGCCACGAUGGGUUCUUUGGAGAAUUUAUGCAGGUGUGGUUUUGAUGGUCGUCUUGGAUGUUGGAUUGGGAAUGAAAAACAACACAAGAAGAGGAAGCUGAGCAUUUCUCCUUGGAGUGCUUCUGCUCUUGCUGAAACCCGAAAUUCGUCUCGAGCUGAGCUCUAUGCAGAGGUUUUGAAAGAUGCUAGGGAGAAGUUUACCCGGGAGGUAUCUUUGCGAACGAAGGAUAAAGAAAUAUCCCUAGCAAAGGCUUUGCUUUAUGUUGGUGCCGAAGAUGAGGUGUUCAUGGCUUUCAACCGGGAGAAGGAUGCUUAUGCGGUCCAAAGUGAAAGUACUGCUCUGAUACCGUCCUAUACUCCAGAUUGGCGACACGUGGAGGCCAUGCCUCUUGCCGGGAAAAGUAUGAAUCGGUGGUUGGGCGAGCUGGAUGCGAUUGCAAGAGAAGUCGAGGCAGAGCUAGUUUCACGAGAAAUCGGGUGCCAUUUGAGCGAGGUUUUGGAAGCGGUGAACGUAGUCCUUUUCGAGUUGAGAGGUUUCAAAAGGUCACAUGUAUUGGUAGAUUCCAAAGGUUUAUACCUGCACUCGGUAUUAGCCUCGGGAUCUUGCAGUGCGAUUUUGCUCAGUAUUGUUUAUAUUGAGGUUUGUCGAAGACUUAAUCUAACUGUUUUGGGAUCCCGAGUUGGGGAAGAGUUUUUAAUAUGGCCCCAGACAGGAAACCCCGAGGAGCUAUUCAAGAUUACUUGCGGGCACAGUUUGUUUGGCAUUGUUAACGGGAAGUGUGUGGAGGACCCUCGAUCGAAGGCCUCGGACAUAAAUAGCAAUUCACUUCUAGGACUCGAGGUUGCAACGAACCGGGAUAUAAUUGGACUCGCUUUAGCCAAUUUGAUUAGGUUUCAUUGGAAACGUGCUUCGAGAGCAAAUCAUGGUCUGAUGCUGACUUCUCCGCUUAGAUCUGUUCGUGAUGCUGAUGAAAGAUCUAGCAAGAGCGACGCUUCAAAUGUCCCCUUGUUACGACCUCAAGAUCUGAGGCUGGCUAUUAUGGCAUCCGAAAGAUUACUUAUUCUGCAGCCACACAAUUGGGCUCUGAGACGAGACUAUGGCAUGAUGUUGUACUAUAGUAGGGAAUACGAGGCAGCUGUACAGGAGCUUAGCAUCUGCAUGGCCUUCGCUCCAGAAGAGGAAGCGGAAGUUUUGGAGCCAUUCGUCGAGAAGUUACAUCUCUUGCGCCUUGAAUCCUCGUGGAAGUCCCGGGGACAUAAAGGUCGGCUUACAGUUCCUUGACAGCGCUGAUCAUAUCGCGGUUUUCUGACAUGUUAAGCUUUCAGCGAGGCGUAGAACUGUAGAAGUAGGCUUUCUGGUUUCUGUAAAUACUUCUUCCUGUAGACCAUGUUGGAGCCAUAAUGUCCAUGAGACAAAGAUGUAUGUACAAGUAGAUGAGAUGAAGCUUAAAAUGGUGUCAGAUCAUAAUGUUAAUUCUCAGUUUCAUGGGAUGAAAUAGCCAUUGUAAAUGACCUUUUAAAGGGAAUUUCUUGUAUAGUUCUCA